CUCUCUCUCUCUCUCUCUCUCUCUUUCUCCCUCUCCCUUCACCCUAUCGCUUUCUACCAGUGCUACUGGUCAAGGCUUGGCCUGGUUCGGGGCCUCCACAGCUUCUCCGUUUCCGUCAUAUCCUCAUGAUGGACCUUUCGAUGUUGCUAUUUUGAUUGACCGGCUCCUAAUGGGUUCCCUCGGCAGCUUCCUCUUUGUAUACUUCCUCGGCGGACUGACUUUUAUCCCACUGGUCCUGUCGUUAAUUCUUCUGCAUGCUUAUUUGACCCUUCCGUCACCUCCGCCAAUCGAGCAAAUAUGCGAACGGGCCAAAGACCCUCUGCGGCGUCCUGGUGACGACCAAUAUAGUCUAAAAUCCGGCACGGAUGAGCUAGCAGAGAAGUUCCAUCGUACGCACGAGUCGGAUGUUGCGGCAGGCUACUUUGCCGUAUGUCGCGAAUAUGUGCCUGGUGGAGUCAAUGGGAAACCACCCGAGAGAACCACGCCGGCGGGCGAGGUGAUCGCCGCGGAGAGCCCGAGCGUCUACCAGACAAUGUAUAGAAGUCUGUUUGACCGAAAGCAGACGCCAACGAUUGAGCCAACUAAAAAUAAUGGGAAAAGCGGCAAGAGGGCGCGCAAUGUAUUUUACAUUGUUCUCCGGCAUGGCCAUUUGAUGCUUUAUGAUGAUGCCAACCAGGUCGAGGUGCGAUAUGUUAUUUCCCUUGCGCACCAUGAUGUAAACAUCUGUGGUAGUGAAGGGGAGAUCCAAGAAGGCGAGCUGUGGCUUAAGAGAAAUGCUAUCUGUCUUUCGCGACGACUGGAAUCUCUUGCAGAUUUAGGGGGACCAACGCCUCCAUUCUUUCUUUUCUCGGAAAAUCUGUCCGAAAAGGAAGACUUCUAUUUCGCUAUGCUCCAAAACCAAUCCAAGAUGUGGAACUCCCCCGACGCCCCUCCCAAGCAUCAACCUUUCGAUGUUAAGCAUAUCGUCACCCUUGUUCAACGAUUGCAUUCAUCUGAAGAACAACUACAGACGCGGUGGAUCAAUGCGGUCCUUGGGCGGGUGUUUCUUGCCAUGUAUAGAACGCCGGAGAUGGAGGAGUUUGUCCGAAAAAAAAUCACUAAGAAAAUCUCUCGAGUUAACAAGCCGAACUUCAUCAGUAAAAUUGGCCUACAAAGGAUUGACAUGGGCGAAGGGGCGCCAUUUAUCAUCAAUCCAAGGCUUAAAGAUCUAACUGUUGACGGGAACUGCUGUGUAGAGACAGACGUUCAGUAUACCGGCAACUUCCGAGUGGAGAUCUCGGCUACAGUGCGCAUUGACCUUGGGCCUCGUUUCAAGGCCAGGGAAGUAGACAUUGUUCUUGCCGUGGUGCUGAAGAAACUUCAUGGUCACCUGUUGAUACGGUUCAAGCCUCCUCCGAGCAAUCGAGCCUGGAUCUCCUUCGAAACGAUGCCAAGCAUGGACAUGGAGAUUCAGCCCAUCGUUAGUUCAAAACAAAUCACAUACGGUAUUAUUUUACGCACUAUUGAAAGUCGGAUAAGAGAGGUUGUCGCUGAAAGCAUUGUUCAGCCAUUUUGGGAUGAUAUUCCCUUCUUAGACACCGCCACGCAGCGUUUUCGUGGAGGAAUCUGGCAACGAGAUAUCCCGACACCGGACACGAAGGUCGACAUACCAGACGAGAGCGGCGCUCAGCCUCAGACAACAGGAGCAGAGAAGGGAGAUUUCGUUGAUGUGCUAAAAACGAAAGACGAACGUACAAUGAGCGCGCCUGUGAUUUCUGAGUCUAUACCUAUCACGACAAAAUCCCGCAAGGGCUCCAAAGGAGAGCUUGAAAGGAAUAACUCAAGUGCCUCAAAUACCGCUAUUGAGAAAUUCGGCAGCUCACCACCACGUGCCAUCCGAUCCCAGACGUUCUCCAACGCUGCUGAUCCUGUGCUUACAGCAGAUAAUGCAAAGAUCGACAAAGUCGUGUAUGACAGCAAAGACACAGAAAAGAGCAGUGCUGCUAGUGCCAUGAUUGAAAUAUCAAACCGCUCUCCUCCCGGGUCGCCGAACAGAUCACCGAGUGGCUCGCCGCCUACCGACAGUAAUAUGCCGCAAGACAAUGCGUCUCAAAGCCGGGAUCCAUCCAUAGUGGAAUCCAUUGAGAGUGUGGGAGAAUUUAGCACCGACUCUUCUGUUCACCCUUCUGCUGUUCAUAAAACGAGUAGUUCAUCUCUUCGAAGUAUGGCUGCCAGUUCCACCGCCUCACCGGGUGGCAACAAAUCCAGACGAAGUACACUCGAGACUCUGGCACGCACCGUGACGUCUUCCACUGCCGCAGAAAAGUCUCAAGUUUCUCUGUCGUUGGGCACAGCGACUUCUGUUGCGAAGAGAUGGGGCUGGAAUAUGUUUGGCAAGGGGGAACAGAACACUACUCACGAAUCGUCCCGGCCUGCAGGUACACCAGAGGAGCCCAUAGGCCGAGGGCAUCCUCUUCCGCCCCCAGGCACCCCAUUGCCACGCCCUGAGUCAUUUGCUUUCAAGAGGAACUCUGUCCCUGUAACCAAACGAAAACCUGUUCCGCAUAAUGCAUCUCCUGAGCAGCAGCCCAAAGGGGAUGGCAAGAGGCGUGUCUCAAAGCCACCUUUACCUAGAAGAAAGCCUAUCUUCAACUCAGGAGAUUCGGAGAAUCAUCCUGAUGAGUUGCUGGUUGUCGAGGCCCCUUACGACUCAGGCCCUAAUAGCCCGGUUGUCGAUGUUGCCCCCGACAAUGCUUUGCUUGGGCCCAGUACACAGCGGAAUUCAACCAUGUCCAAUAUGGCUACGAGAAGGUCUAAUGACCUUUGGGAGAAAGCAAAUGGACACGACCAAUCCUCCCUGGUCGAGGACGCCGAGGCUGACAAACACGGCAUGGCAAUCUUAUCAGCAACCGACGGCAUUAUUCCGUGAUGGGCGAUGUAAUUAUAACCGGAUGCUGUCGCACCUACCGAGCAGAGCUCAGUGUCGCUGCGGACUCUUUCAGCGUAUGAUGAUCGAUUUCCUCGCCCAACUUGCCAAUGUGGGUCCUAUGCUCUUUUUCCUUCGCUUCCUCUUUUUGUUUGCAUUACGACAUGGCCGUUUGUCCUAUGUAUACCCUCCGGCCAGUUAUAUGAUCUGAUCGGCGUCAUCAGAUGGCGUUCAAGGAGCGAUGUUCAAUUUUUUUUUCAUCAUAAUCCAGUGUCAACUUCGACUAUUGGGCCUCGGUAUGGACGUACGGGUGAAUAUAUGACUAUGUCUUGCACCUCUAUUUUGUUUCCCCCUCCGUUUUUUUGUUUUUUUUUUUUU